ACAGGGGAGGAGGGGUGGUGGGCAGAGCCUGGCCCCACGCCAGGCCCAGCACUGCCCACAGGCAGGGUGAAGGCGCCAGCAGUUCCAGCAGGAUGGACGUCAUCAAGGGCCUCCCAGCCAUUGACAGCCACAGGGACCUCCACAUAUGGAUCAUUGAGAACCUAAAGAUGGUGCCUGUCCCCGAGAGGGCUUAUGGGAACUUCUUCGAGGAACAUUGCUACAUCCUCCUCCACGUUCCCCAGAGCCUGAAAACCACGCAGGGGCCGUCCAGCGACCUGCACUACUGGGUUGGAAAGAAGGCGGCCGCAGAGGCGCAGGGCGCGGCCGGCACCUUAGUGCAGCACCUACAGGAGGCGCUGGGUGGCGCCACAGUGCAACACCGAGACGUACAAGGUUAUGAGUCCGACUGUUUCCGCAGCUACUUCCACCCCGGAGUCAUCUACAGGAAGGGAGGCCUCGCCUCUGCCCUCAAGCAUGUGGAGACCAACAUUUACAACAUCCAGCGACUGCUGCGUAUCAAAGGGAGGAAGCACGUGUCAGCCACUGAGGUGGAGCUCUCCUGGAACAGCUUUAAUAAGGAUGACAUCUUCCUGCUGGACCUGGGCAAGGUGAUGAUCCAGUGGAACGGGCCCAAGAGCAGCACUUCCGAGAAGGCACGGGGCCUGGCCCUGACCUGCAGCCUCCAGGACAGGGAGCGCGGUGGCCGUGCACAGAUUGCUAUAGUGGAUGAUGAGGGCCAAGCCGCUGACCUCAUGGAGAUCAUGGAAGCUGUGCUGGGUUGCAGAGUGGGCAACCUGUACGCCACCAUGCCCAACAAGAGUAUUAACCAGCUGCAGAAGGCCAAUGUCCGCCUGUACCAUGUCUACGAGAAGGGUGAGGACCUGGUGAUCCAGGAGUUGGCAACCCGUCCGCUGACCCAAGACCUCCUGCGUGAGGAGGACUGUUACAUCCUAGACCAGGGGGGUUUCAGGAUCUAUGUGUGGCAGGGACGCAUGUCUAGCCUCCAGGAGAAAAAGGCUGCCUUUAGCCGUGCUCUGGGCUUCAUCCAGGCCAAGGGCUACCCGACCUACACCAACGUGGAGGUGGUGAACGACGGCGCCGAGUCGGCCGCAUUCAAGCAGCUCUUCCGGACGUGGUCUAUCAAGCAGCGCAGAAACAGGAACGUUGGUGGGAUCAGUGGGACCGGCAAACUGAGUGUGGUAAAGCUGGAUGUGGGCAACCUGCACAGCCAGCCUGAACUGGCAGCCCAGCUGAGAAUGGUGGAUGACUGCUCUGGAAAGGUGGAGGUGUGGUGCAUCCAGGACUUAACCAGGCAGCCCGUGCACCCCAAGCUUCAUGGACAGUUGUACGCAGGCAACUGCUACCUUGUCCUCUACACAUACCAGAAGAUGGGCCAAGUCCAGUACAUCCUGUACCUCUGGCAGGGCCACCAGGCCACCGCACACAAGAUAAAGGCCCUGAACAGCAAUGCCGAGGAGCUGGACCUCAUGUACCACGGAGCCCUGGUGCAAGAGCAUGUGACCAUGGGCAGCGAGCCCCCCCACUUCCUUGCCAUCUUCCAGGGCCAGCUGGUGGUCUUCCAGCGAAGCACUGAGCACAAUGGGAAGGGACAGCCGGCACCUGCCACAAGGCUCUUCCAUGUGCAAGGCACCGACAGCUACAACACCAGGACCAUGGAGGUGCCAGCCCGGGCCUCAGCCCUCAACUCCAGUGACAUCUUCUUGCUGGUCACAGCCGGCAUCUGCUACCUCUGGUUUGGGAAGGGCUGCAGCGGUGACCAGCGUGAGAUGGCACGGAUGGUAACCACUGUCAUCUCCGAGAAGAACAAGGAAAUCGUGCUGGAGGGUCAGGAACCUCCCCAAUUCUGGGAGGCCCUGGGAGGCCGGGCUCCCUACCCCAGCAACAGGAGCCUCCCGGAGGAUGUCUCCAACUUCCAGCCACGGCUGUUUGAGUGCUCCAGCCCGAUGGGCCACCUGGUCCUUACCGAAGUGGUGUUCUUUAGCCAAGGGGACCUGGACAAGUAUGACAUCAUGUUACUUGACACCUGGCACGAGAUCUUCCUGUGGCUUGGAGAAGCUGCAAGUGAGCAGAAGAAGGCCGUGGCCUGGGGCCAGGAGUACCUGAAGACCCAUCCAGCAGGGAGGAGCCAGGCCACACCCAUUGUGCUGGUCAAGCAGGCCCGUGAGCCGCCCACCUUCACUGGAUGGUUCUACACCUGGGACCCCUACAAGUGGACUAACAACCAGUCUUAUGAAGAGGUGGUGGAGGGCAGCCUGAGAGCAAUAUCUGCCAUCUCUGAGAUAACAGCAGUUGAGUAUUGGGGCCUCCCAGGGAUCUGGACUCAGUCAGCGUGUUCCAAAUGGGCAGAAUGGGCAGGGAAGGGGCCAGUCCCUAGUAGGAGGCAAGGGUUGCAGCCAGGUGGCAAGAGGGCCAGUGGACUCAGUAUGGCCUCCUGUGGGAGCUUAUCCCCCAUCUUCCCCAGCCUAAAUCCCCUCUCUGGACAGGAAGUCCACAACUUCCGGCUGUCCAGAUGGCCAAACAAUGGCAGGACAGGCCCCUUGGCCCUGCAGGCCCUCAAGGGCUCCCAGGACAGCUCAGAAAGUGAGCUGGAGCUGGGCCCCAAUGUGAGUGGCAGCAGUACCAGUAUCAGCGCCAGCAGCUACCACAGCAGCCCCAGAUCCAUGAUCAACGGGGGCCUGCCUCGCGAACAAUUGAUGCACCAGGCCGCCGAGGACCUGCCAGAGGGAGUGGAUCCGGCCCACAAGGAGUUUUAUCUCUCAGACGCCGACUUCGAAGAUAUCUUCGGGAAGUCCAAGGAGGAAUUCUACAGCAUGGCCAAGUGGAAGCAGCAGCAGGAAAAAAAGCAGCUCGGCCUCUUCUGAACUCAGGCCCUGCUCCCGCCAGUACCGCCAUAUGGCCAAGGCCCUAUGGGUAACUCUCCCACACAUAACUGAGCCGCAGGGGAGACUCCUGGGUCACCCCCACACACAAACACCCCCAUCAAUAAAAGCUUG